AUGGGUAGCAACGCUUUCUGGCGGGGCUGCCCACUCAUCUGCACCCUCGAUCCUUGCCUCGCGACGGACUGCAAGUAUGCCAACAAGUUCCACUUCCACUGUCUCUUUGGGAACUGCAAGUACGUCUGCAAAACCUCAGGCAAGGCCGAGUCCCACUGCCUGGACCACAUCAACCCCAACAACAACUUGGUGAACGUGCGAGACCAGUUUGCUUACUACUCCCUGCAGUGUCUCUGUCCCAACCAGCACUGCGAGUUCCGGAUGCGCGGGCACUACCACUGUCUCCGGGCCGGCUGCUACUUUGUGACCAACAUCACCACCAAGCUGCCAUGGCACAUAAAGAAGCAUGAGAAGGCGGAGCGGCGGGCAGCCAACGGAUUCAAGUACUUCACCAAGCGCGAGGAGUGCGGCCGACUAGUUCCCCCUGCCCAGAACAGUGCCCUGAGUUCUGGCCGGCUUGGGGAAGCUCACGCCGAGUGGACUGUGUCCACAGGCUGCAAGUACAACCAAGUGAACAGCCACUUCCACUGCAUCCGGGAGGGCUGCCAGUUCUCCUUCCUCCUCAAGCACCAGAUGACCUCCCACGCCCGGAAGCACAUGCGGAGGAUGCUGGGGAAGAACUUCGAUCGUGUGCCCCCCUCCCAGGGUCCCCCGAGCCUGAUGGACACUGAGACAGACGAGUACAUGGAUUACACUGGCUGCAGCCCGGGUGCUGUGUCCUCUGAGUCGUCCACCAUGGACCGAAGCUGCUCCAGCACCCCUGUGGGGAACGAGAGCACCGCAGCAGGGAACACCAUAUCCCUGCCGACAGCCUCGGGCGCCAAAAAGCGCUUCUGGAUCAUUGAGGACAUGUCACCGUUUGGGAAGCGGCGCAAGACGGCCUCCUCCCGCAAGAUGCUGGACGAGGGCAUGAUGCUGGAGGGCUUCCGGCGCUUCGACCUCUACGAGGACUGCAAGGACGCGGCCUGCCAGUUCUCGCUCAAGGUCACCCACUACCAUUGCACGCGUGAGAACUGCGGCUACAAGUUCUGCGGGCGCACGCACAUGUACAAGCACGCGCAGCACCACGACCGCGUGGACAACCUGGUGCUGGACGACUUCAAGCGCUUCAAGGCCUCGCUCAGCUGCCACUUCGCCGACUGCCCCUUCUCGGGCACGAGCACGCACUUCCACUGCCUCCGCUGCCGCUUCCGCUGCACGGACAGCACCAAGGUCACGGCGCACCGCAAGCACCACGGCAAGCAGGACGUGAUCAGCGCGGCCGGCUUCUGCCAAUUCAGCUCGAGCGCCGACUGCGCCGUGCCCGACUGCAAGUACAAGCUCAAGUGCUCGCACUUCCACUGCACCUACCCGGGCUGCCGCCACACGGUCGUGGGCAUGUCGCAGAUGGACUCGCACAAGCGCAAGCACGAGAAGCAGGAGCGCGGUGAGCCCGGCGCCGAGGGCCCCGGCCCCGGCCCGGCUGGCGGCCUGGACGGCUCCCUGUCGCUGGGAAACAUGGUGAGAUGUCGCAGAGGCUACGAGCAUCGAAGACAAAGCCUGGGAAACCAGCCUGGGGCCGGACCCUGA